AUGGAUGAGAAUCCUGAGGAGCCCGCCGCUCCGCCGCCUUCACUGGUCAAAGCUAGAGAGAAGUUGUUGGAAGAGGCCGAAGAUUCAGGACUUCAGCUGAGCGGCGGCCUCGCUUCUGAUGACCUCAUUCCGCUCGACCAGAUUUUCGUCAAUUUAGCGUUGGUGUCAGAAAAGGAAUUGAAAACAGACUUUGAUGUAGCGUUCUCGACGUACGCCGAGAGACGUGAACACGCAGUGCAAUUUAGCAAAGCCGAACGAAUUGAAUUGGAGGACCUGUUUCGUGCCGCAGGUUCGAGUGUUGACGCCGUUUCCCAUUUAACAGGAAACGAUGCACAAGCUGCAGCAGCUCCAGCUACCGGGUCGAGAAAUCAGCAGCUGCGCGGCAAGGUGUUACGGAAUGUACUGGUGUACGGAUCUGCUGGUAGUGGUAAGACCACUGUAUUUCUGCUCAUGGUUCUAUACCUGUGGAGCCGAGGCGAACUAUGGCGGGGGAAAUUCGAUCUGGUUGUGGGACUGGAGCUUCGUGAAAAAGAGAUGACAGCUGCCACUAGUCUUGCUGAGCUAUUGGCUGUGAAACUGGCGAGCCAGGGUCUGUCGCAGGCUGAGAUAUUGGAGCUUGCAAGGCACUUUCAGCAUGCUCCAAGCCGUCUAUGUCUUGUCAUGGACGGCUUUGACGAAUGUGAAUUCUCCAGCUGCAGUAAGUUCAUGCGAGACUUGCUGACACGUGAGGGCAUGGCGAAGACACACGUGAUCGUCACAAGCCGUCCAUGCCUGGAUGCAUAUCAACUAUCGCAGUGUGGCAAAUAUCAGAAGAAGAUCCAAGUACUGGGUUUCUCACCGGAGAACGUGAGGGAGUAUGCUGAGAAGGUUCUGGGAACGGAACGUGCUGAAAUUCUGCUGGCAGAGCUGCAGAGCAAGCCGGAUGUGUCAUGUCUUAUGGCAACACCCAUGUUUGCAGCCCUAACAUGUGAGCUUUUCAAGAGCGGCGAAGCCGUGUGGCAGUGCAGCGCAUCCCUGUACGAAUCGUUACUGCGCCGAGUCGUAGAGCGUGCUGGUGGUGCGGUUUGCGACUCAAUUUCACUGGCACCCAGCAAAGUGGUCCAGUCGCUACAGGAACUGGGGCGUUUUGCGUUUCGCAUGCUGCUGCUGAAAAGGAUGGUGUUCAACAAGUCCGACAUGAUCAACUCCCACUUGAGCAGGGAUGCAAUGAGCUUGGGUCUUCUGCAAACAUGCCAGGGCACAUUGUCUAUGCACGCUCGGCAAUACCGCUUCUCUCAUCUGUCACUGCAGGAGUUCCUGGCAGCUUGGUACAUGACGGAGUGCGUGGUGCAAGAAAGACAUCACGCCAUUGUACUGGCACGGCGACUGGGCGCGUACGAUGGCCAUAUGGCAAUGUUCUGGAAGUUUCUCAUUGCCCUAAGCCCAGAAGACGUGUCGCUGACCAUCUUGGAGGAGCUAUGGCGUGUGCAGUGUGCGGAUCCCAUACCACUAGAUCCUAGCGGUGAGGCCGACCAAUGUACCAAGGAUGCUAACAAAUUUGCCAGUCUCAGCGAGGAAUGGGCCACUAUUGCAUCUACUGAGGCAAAUGCAUAUGUUGCUAUUGCCGCUAGACGUGCUGUCACCGCCGCUACGCUAGCCGAGGAGAUGCGCAACGAUUCAAGUGUCCUGACUGGCGAGAUGGAGCUGGCAAAGGUCCAUGACCAUCUUUGCCAGGUACUGAAGGCUGAGCACAUGACAGUACUCGCCGACAUUCUCCUCAUUCCCCGGCAUCACCGUGGCAAGGGCCAUGGUGGGCAACGUGUGCGCCGUUUCAUGCCAAUCAGCCGAGAGCCCACCGACGCGCUAUUCCUGAAGGUUCUCCUGACGCUGUGGAUGGAGAAUGGCAGUGUUGCCAAUGGCACUGUGCUGUUGGAAGCGCUAUCCCAGGUGGAUGCCGAGCUGGCGCAGCCGUGUGAGAGUCUCCUUCAUCCCGUUGCUAUGCUGCUGAGUCCUGAAUCCGUGCAAGCUGCUCCUUCUCGCAUUGUAAGUCUAGCUGAUGUGGCCCCUGCUAAUGUAUAUUCUCCAAUACGUAGAUUGUUUGUUCAUCUUGUGGUGGCAUACCGUGAGCACGCAGAGUAUCACGGUGUGUCCUGCAAAUGGACAUGCCGUUUCUUUAGUUCUGUGCUUGCAUCAAAGCUCAAUCUCCAUCACGUUUCUCUUUCUUCCCAUGAAUGUAUUGCCCUCAGUUCUUUACUGCGUGGCUAUCCAUGGUUUGAUUUGGAGGAAGUCCUUCUGAGCUGGUGUAGCAAUGACAAUGAGGCAUUUCACACCUUAUCAGUAGGCUUACGGAGGUGUAGGCGUGUACGUGUACUAGAUCUAUACGGCAAUGCUAUUCAUGAUGGUCAGGCAUUGUCCUCCGUGAUUUCAGCCAUGUCUGCUAGUCUUGUGGUAGUUCGUGUCAGUUUUAACCUUGUUGGUGCGAGUGGUUUUGUGUUGGUGUGCCGUGCACUCAGUCAGUGUAGGAAUGUUCGCUUUGUCAAUGUCAAGUACAUGUAUAGUGAUGGCGCUGUACCGUUAUGGGUACUAUGUGCUAUGUUAGAGCAGUGUACACAGCUGGAAGUGCUGUGUUUGGUUGGCAAUGUGUUUGUGGCCAGUGAAGAUGAUGAGGUGAGAUUCAUUGAAGCAGUGAAGGCGUGCACACAGCUACAUGCUCUGUCGGUGCUUGGCUGUGGCCUGAGUAGGAAUGUCUGUUCUCAGCUUGUCACUGUGUUCGCAGAGAGGAAGCGUCUGAAUGGCUUGUGUGGUGUGUGAGCAUGUAAACAGGUUGUGCGAGUGGAAGAUUUUGACAAAGUAUGCUGUGUUGAAACUGGAUCGCACACCGUUUUCUGAGUAUAUGCCACACUAGAUUAUAAGCUGGACCCAAGUUUUUGUCACGAAAUUUAAGUCUAUUUUCCACCAAUCAUUUGACCAUCAUAGUGUAAGCUGCGCCGACUUUUUUUGGGGUGAUUUCCUAGAAAUUAAAGUGCGGCUACUACUCCAGACAAUGCAGUUGUUAUGUAAACUCCGUAAAUUGUGUCAAUUAUUGAGACCAUGUAAAGUUUUGUAGUGUUUUGGUCCCCUGUAUACCCCCUACCCCUAAGCCCUGACCAUCCAUCGAUAGGUUGUCUUUGCCUGAUUUUCUUCUUUUAUAUAGUAUCAUGUUUUGCUUGCUGCUUGCCUGCUUACUACUCUCGAAGACGGAUGUGAAGACAUUUCUGAUGCAUUCAUACCUAUAUCAUUGGUUACAAUGGUGUAAAUUUACAGCAAUUUUGUGUGUAUGUGUUGUCAUUGCUUGUGCAAUCGUGGAGAAUUGGAUAUGAUGAUGAUGAGAA